UCCCCAGGCCUCUAAGUCUUGUGCAUGAAAAAGAAAUUGAUUUCACUCAAGAAAAACUGAUUUUAAAUGGAAAAUCAGUUGGUGGAGAUGCAGGGGAUCGAACCCUGUACCUCUCGCAUGCAAAGCGAGCGCUCUACCAUUUGAGCUACAUCCCCAUGUUUGGAUCAUUGGCAAAAAAUAUUUUUAUUAAAGACAAUCUUAAGAGUCCGCCUCAACAUUAACUCCCCUCUCUCCUCCAUCGUUGAACGCGAGACUGCUUCCUAUGGUUCUAUCCACAAUAGCAGAGACUUGCUACCAGCAGAACGUAGUGAAUUUCCCGCCAUCACAGUUGAAAUGUCUGUUCCUUUCUUCAACCUCGCUCCUAAUUUGACAGUUUCAAGGCUUUGCUUAGGAACAAUGACAUUUGGUGAGCAAAACUCGUUGCCUCAAUCCUUUCGCCUUCUCGAUGAAGUCUUCCAUGCCGGAAUCAACUUCUUCGAUUCAGCAGAAAUGUAUCCAGUGCCUCAACGUGCUGAGACUCAGGGGAGGAGCGAGGAGUACCUUGGCCGUUGGAUUAGAGAAAGGAAGAUUCCACGGGACCGGGUUGUCUUAGCAACCAAGGUUACUGGACCGUCAGGACAAAUGAUUUGGAUCCGAGGCGGACCUAAGCGUUUGGAUGCCAAGAAUAUUACUGAGGCCAUUGACAAUAGUUUGCAACGAAUGCAAAUGGACUACAUUGAUCUCUAUCAAAUUCACUGGCCUGAUCGCUAUGUUCCAAUGUUUGGAGAAACAGAAUAUCAUCCUACCCAACAGUUCUGUUCAAUCAGUAUAGAGGAACAACUUGAUGCGCUUGGCCGAGCUGUUGAUGCUGGCAAGGUCAGAUACAUUGGACUUAGUAAUGAAACACCAUAUGGUAUCAUGAAGUUCCUUCAGCUUGCUGAAAGGGCAGCUUGGUAUCCGAAAAUAGUUUCUGUGCAGAACUCGUACAGCUUGCUCUGCCGGACUUUUGAUUCUGCACUAGCUGAGUGCUGUCAUCAUGAGGGGAUCAGUUUAUUGGCAUACAGCCCCCUUGCAAUGGGCAUACUUUCUGGGAAGUAUUUUGCACCUAAUGGAGGUCCAGUAAAUGCCCGGUUAAAUCUUUUCAAAGGAAGAUAUUCAGAAGGGGAAUCAAGAUACAACCUAUCAAAUAACAUGGUAAAAGCAGCUACUAUGGGAUACCUUGAUAUUGCAAGAAAACAUGGUCUUCAUCCUGUAUCUCUUGCAAUUGCUUUUGUUUUGAGACACCCUCUUGUUGCAAGCACUAUAUUUGGAGCUACCAGGUCAUGGCAGCUCCGGGAGACUCUCAAUGGUUGCAAGGUUGAGCUGACACCAGAAAUAAUUGAGGAUAUCAACAAUGUUCAUGCAAGGUUCCCUAAUCCAUGUCCGUGAUAAAUUUCUGUGCCUGUUCUAUAAAGUAUCUGCUCAGCAUUUUCUUGAAUAUAGCAUUUUAGAUCUAACCAUGAAACCAUAACAAAUUCCUCAAAGGACGCCCUCAUUUCUUUUUUUUUGGAAAUCAAAGGAUGCUCAUGUUGAUACUGUAGUAGACAACAUAAACAGCUUCCAGCAUGUUGCUGCAUCUUUUUUUUUUUUUUUUGAAUUAUUGUUUGUGUGCCGUGUUCAAUAUACUUGGGAUUGAAGUUGAUUCAGAUUUAGGGGCUACCAUUGAAAUUGACAAAAUUCAAGAAAUUUCAGAAUUUGUACUGAGAUUAACAAUGA